UUCAUUAUUUUUAACCUGAUUUGGGACUGAUUUAUGUAUAGUUUUUAAUAUUAUACGCUUAAAAUUUAAUUAAUACUAAGCUAAUUCAGUGCUGGAUCAGUGUUCUAGUGCCUUAAAUAUGUACGCUUUAAAUAAAUGUCCUCAUAAAAACCUGUGUUUAAAAAACAUAGCCCAAAGAAGUUAUGCCAGCAAAUCAAAAACAAUUCGUGAUGUUAAUUAUCAAUAUUUACAAAGAAGUAAGGUGCCUACAAUGCAUUUCCAGAAGUCGUUACCGAGACUGCCUAUACCUGGAUUGAACAAAAGCACCGAGCGGUAUCUUAAGGCAUUGCGACCGCUUUUAUCCGACGACCAAUUUAGUGCUGCGACCAGCCGGACUAAGAACUUUGUUAAUAAUGAGGGCAAGUCGUUGCAAGAGAAACUCGUAGCGAAAGAUAAGGCAAACAAGCACACAAGCUAUAUUUCAGACUAUUGGUUUGAUAUCUAUCUUCGAGAUCGCAAACCUCUGCCCAUCAACUACAAUCCUCUAAUCGUUUUUCAAAAUGACACUAGACCAGAAUACAACAAUCAGUUAAUCCGGUCUACAAAUUUAUUGAUAAGUGCUGUGAGAUUUAUGGAGUCUCUGAAGGCACAGAUUUUGGAACCAGAAGUGUUUCAUAUGAAUCCUAAGAAAAGUAAUACACCACUUUUUAGAACAGUUACAGGCUUAUUGCCUGAGGCGGUGUCAUGGUAUGGUGCAUACCUUUUCAAAGUGUUUCCUCUUGACAUGAGUCAAUUUCCGGGUCUGUUUGGGGCAACCCGCAUCCCUCUGGAGAAUAAAGACAAGAUCUUCAGGGUAACAGACAGCCGGCAUGUGCUGGUGCAGAGGAGAGGACACUUCUAUGCUUUUGAUGUCCUAGAUGCUGAUGGUAACAUACUUGCACCAACAGAAAUACUAGCCAAUCUGAAUAAAAUCAUCAGUGACAAUACACCUGCAGCCGAGCAUCCUCUAGGAGUGUUGACUUGUCAGAACAGAGACGAGUGGGCCAGGCAAAGGGCGCACUUGGAGCAGAAUGGAAACAAAGAAGUCCUGAAUAAAAUUGAUUCUGCCAUUUUCAACUUGGUACUGGAUGAUGAAAUUAUUGGCGAUUCAAAACAUGCUCUGUUGAAAAAUUACUUGCAUGGAGAUGGUCUUAAUAGGUGGUUUGACAAGUCCUUCAGCCUUAUCAUCACCGGAGAUGGUGUGUCCGGCAUAAACUUUGAGCAUUCCUGGGGAGACGGGGUUGCAGUACUCAGGUUCUUUGAAGACAUCUACGCAGAGACAACGAAGAAGCCCUUCGUUCAUCCAGACACGAAGCCAGCUAGUAGCAACAUUAGUGUUACAAAAUUAGACUUCAAGUUGGAUGAUAAAUCAAAACAGUUUGUUGACAAAGCUAAGAAAGAAUACAAAGACUGGUAUGAAUCAUUAAGCAUAGACUACAUUUUGUACGAAGGCCUAACGAAAGGUGCUUGCAAGAAGUAUAAAGUCAGUCCUGAUUGUGUUAUGCAGCUUAGCUUCCAGGCCGCAUAUCACUUGCUCCACGGUAAAUUCGUCGGUACCUACGAAUCCUGUAGCACUUCGGCGUUUAAGCACGGCCGGACGGAAACGAUGAGACCUUGCACCGAAAAAACGAAGGCUUUCUGCGAAGCUCUUCACUCAAAUAAAACCUCGCAAGGAGAGCUCAGUGCCAUGAUGCAAGAAUGCUCCAAAUAUCACUCCGAACUAGUUAAAGAGGCUGCGAUGGGCCAAGGAUUCGACCGUCAUAUGUUUGCCCUCAUGAAGAUCGCUGAAGAGUAUAACCUGCCGCGGCCCGAGCUCUUUGACUCUUAUGAAUAUAAUUUCUUAAACAUGUCGAUAUUGAGUACGAGUACGCUGUCGUCUCCUUCUGUUAUGGGAGGCGGUUUUGGACCGGUGGCUACAGAAGGGUUUGGAAUAGGGUAUUCGGCUUUCCCCGACAAGUUGGGCGCUGCGGUCUCCAGUUAUAAGUCACAUAACAACAGCACAGAAUUCGUGCAAGCAUUACACCAGUCCUUUGAAGAUAUUACGAAAAUUAUAUCUACGUGAUUUGAUUACACUUUAAAGGCGAAAACUGUGUGGCACAAAAUAAAAAUAAGGGGGCCAUUCAGAAAAGUACACUCAACCAAUUGGAACUCUAGGCCAACCAUGUCAAAAUGACAAGCAGUAAGAGCUUUCUUACAAUCUAAUUUAUAACGUCACUAUGACCCUUGAGCGUAACGUGACUAUGAGCACGGUAUAUAAUAAAGAGUACUAUAGUACAGUAUGGCCACUCCUGCUCCCCGCUGAAAGUGCCGCCCACCCCCUCUUACCUCACAGUUACCGCCUGUCAAAAACGCGAACAGUCGACCUGUCAUAUUUCACUCAUACAAGCAUAGUACGCGUUCACCUACACGAGCUUAGACUGUGUGCUAGGAACGCGCCUCUUUCAUAUCUUUGAUCGCUAGUGUCCGAGAUGUCCUAUGAGUGAUGUAGUAUUCUACAGUGGCCUAGAGUUCCAAUUGGUUGACUGUACAUAGGUACAUUGCCCUCUACCUUAGGCCCAGGUCGAUUAAAUCCUGCUCGUCAACACCUAUUUACAAAAAACAACAGGUCAAUUUUAUUUUUAACCCUAUAAUAGGCGUAUAAUAAAAAAAUUGCGUCCUAG